AGAUGGCGAUGGUGCUCCGGGAAGGAUGCGGAGCCCUUCCCCGCCUUCCCCCCGCCCUGCCCGGGUUGUGCUGGGGGCCCGGAGGGUGUGUGCGAGCCGAGCCGGGUCCCCGCUGCCCCGGUCCCGAUCCCGGUGCGCGAUGUGAGCGCAUCCGCACCAUGGCCCGGCAGAGAGACCUGGACAAGCUGCUGUCGGACCUGCGGUCCUUCCUGCUCAUCCUGGACCGGGAAAGCCUCAGCACUGUGGCUCGGGAUAAGAAGAAAUCAGUGGCUGAGCUCCUGUCACGGCUGCAGAGCCCAUCGAGUGAGCGCGGGGCUGCGGAUGCAGAGUACAUGAUCAUGCGCUGCCUCUCGCCUUCCCCACAGGGCCAGCCCAGCCCUGGAACCAGGAUGAUGGAUGCAACAGGAGGGAGAACCUGUGAGUGCCACACAACCAGGAACCUGAGCCUGCACAGAGGGAGCAAGGUCCCUGGUGUCUCACCGUCCCCACCAGCCAAUGGCUCCUAUGAAGAUGCUGAACCCCUCGGUCCUGGCCACUGCUCCGGUGAGCACCGCACCGCGUCACCUCCCCAGCACCCGCACGCACCAAGCACCCUGGUGCCAGCCCGGCUCUCAGGUGGUGCCGACACUGACAGCAGCCACUACGAGUCGUAUGAGGAGGAUGAGGAUGGUGUGAAGGACCGUGCCCACUACCUGCGGCGGCCUCUGGGCACCGGCCGCGAUGCUGAGCCCAGCGGGCGCCCCGAGGCGCAGCUCUGCGGCUUCCUCUGGAGGAAGCGCUGGCUGGGGCAGUGGGCAAAGCAGCUCUUCAUCGUCCGCGAGCACGUGCUGCUGGUGAGCGGCCAACGAGGAUGGAUGAAGGCUGGGAAUGGGGCCCCCAGCAGGUCCCUGAGCUCUGUUCUGCCUCUGCAGUGCUUCAGGUAUGCCGCCGACCCGCAGCCGGUGCUGGAGCUGGACCUGCGGGGCUGCCACGUCACCUGUAAGGCCAAGCAAGGCAAGAAGAUGCCGCACACCCUGAAGGUGACAGGGACAGCAGGAGAGGUGCUGGUCAUCGGCUUCCAGAGCCGGCAGCAGGCUGAGGACUGGAGGAAGGUGAUUGAAGAGGUCAGCAGCGAUGCCCCAGGUGGGCUGGCAUCCAUCAACACCCCACCACCACCAUCCUCCGGGCUCAGCAGGGCUGGCAAGGAGGAAGAGGAGGAUCGCUCGCGGCAGAGCCCUGCCCGCAGCCGGCGGGCUGGAGAGGACGCUAAAGGAGGGUUCCUGUCGGUGCGGCUGCGCGGGCGCUGGCAGCGCCUGUGGUGCGCGGUGCGGCAGGGAGCCCUGCGCAUGGUCCCGGAGCCCGGCAGCGCUCAGCGGCCCGUCUGCGCCCUGCGCCUGGAGGGGUGCGAGGUGACCCCCGGCGCGGCCACCGGCUCCCCCCAGCGCCUCCGCAUCCGCAUCGCCCAGCGCGGCCGGGAGCUCGCCCUGCUGCAGACGCGUUCGGAUGAGGAGAGGGAAGCCUGGUUGAAGACCCUGCAGGCCAGGGGAGGAGCGGAACCAGCCAGCAACAGCCCCCACAAUGAGAAACCCAGGCUGGGCAAUGCCAGCAGCUGCCCUGCUGCAGGCGGGCUGCUCCUGCGCCAUGUCCCGACACCCAAUGCCUACAUGGAUGAUCCCUUCGGGCAGCUCCCACCAGCCGAGGCUCCCAAGCAUCUCUACUCCAACAUGGAGCGGCUGCAGCAGCUGCAGCAGAACUUGGACCGAGCAGUGCAAGGGCAGCGCAGGAGGCCCGUGUCUGCACUGCCCAUGGGUGCCUGCAGCAGCACCCCGCAGGCAGCACCAGCAGCAGCUCUCCGGAGCAGGGCAGCCAGCCCGCAGUGGGUGAAGGUGAGCCCUGAUCUCUGGAGCAAGGAUCUCUCCCAAUCCCAGCGCACCCUGACGCUGCCUGAGAGGAAAGGAACUCGGGAUGGGCUGGAUAUCCUCAUCGGGAAAAGAGCCUUUCCGAAGCUGGAGGAGAAGGUGGGGCAGCUGGAGAGGGCCUGCCACAUGAAGGGCAGGCUGAAGGCUGGCUCCGAGAUGAACCUGCUGACCAUCGGCAAGUCACUGAAGGGCCACAUCGCUGCCACCAGCGGCUCGGCUGGCUCCGAGCAGGGCUCAUUCCUCACGCCGCUGCUAAAGCGCACGGCAUCGGCCAGGAGCGCCCUGAGGCCAUCACCACCCUCCCCGCUCAUGGUGGAGAAGGGAAAUGUGCUGCAGAAGAGAAAGGAGUGGGAGAUGAAGUCUGCGAUGUGACCGGCACCGCAGCGGCUCCAGGGCACCCCUCAGCUGAACAGAGGCUGCACGUGGACCGUGCAGGACCCGCCUGGUAUCUGGUUUUAACCAUCAAUAUCAACGCUACAACUACGCACAUCUAUUUUUAUAUAUAUAUAUACAUAUAAACUGUC